UGAGCGGAAAACAACGACGGACUGCAAAAUAGACGACUCGCAUCGCAUAGGAAUAAAAGUCACUGUAACAGAAGGAAAAUUCAGUUAGAAAGUUACGUGAAAAGUCGCCACAUCGGCAGAAAAUCGUGUGUACGCGUUGCGCGCAUCUACUGCAAAAGAAACUAUUAUCCUUUGCGUUGAAUGGAGAAAGUAAAAAUAGAAGUGUAAAUUUAGAAUUGAAAUUAUUAUUUCUCCGCAUUCUUACAACGAAAAUGUGGCAAUGCUGAAAUUGAAAAAUUGAGGAAAAAAUUUUCCGAUUAAAAGAUAGGCUUUCCAACGCAAUAUCUACUGAAGUGAGUGGUGAUAAAAGUGUACGAAACCAGACAGAUAUACGUACAUAUGUAUAUGCAUACAAAUGUAUUUAUAUUCACAAACACACAAAAACAAGCCAACGGGCACGCACGUAUCGCUGUGUAUCCUUUGAAAUAAAGACAGAAAAAAGCUAUACUAGAAAUGGAAAACAUUUUGUAAAUGUCGUUGACGAGGCAAGGCGGCGGUUGAGAAGUGCCUUCCACACAACGGUUCUACAUAACGAGCGCUAAAGAACCACAAACUCUAUCCGGCAAGUAGAAGCACGCACAAAAUAUGCGUCGUCCGAAGUUUUCUUUAAAGAAAUAUUUUUUCUUUAUGCUUAUUUGUGCGUUACUGCUCAUAAUCGGACUUAAUGUGCGUGAGUAUGAAAUUUGGAAAACUAAAAGCCCGCCACAGUCAGCACAUGCGCGCCCACAAGACGAACAAGCACAGCAGGCCGUAACAUCUUAUACGCACAGCGCUAUCACUUUUGAGCCCCGCAAUCGAGAAGCGGCGCUUCAGGCCGGUGAUGGUGCCGAGGAGUUGGAUGGUGUGGAUAAUGUGAAGGUGGGGAAUGGUGUUCCGCGCGUUACUAACAAUCCGUCGCAAUCUGAUGCAGCGAAUAGUGAACAGAGUGAACAACAACAGCAACAACAACAUUUACAUCCUGGCCAGGUGCCAUUAGAGAGUAAUGGCGCGCGUCUGUGGUUCUUCCGUCAAGGUGAGUAUUAUCCAAAGCCAGCUGCGCCAACGCGCACCGUCAAACGCGGCAAAGGCACGGGCGGACGCGGCAAGAAGCAAAAUAUGCUAGGUGCGCGUCUCUUUCCCUAUCAAAAUCCGCACAGCGAUCGCAUCGUUAAUCAGCUAAUGUAUGUGCCACCGAACUAUGAAGAGGUGCGCGCUAGUGGACGACUGAAAACAAUAUUACUCUACAAUGGGCUGGGUCCAUGGAAUGUUAAGCAAGGUCGUGACGUCUUCCUCCGCUCCAAAUGUCCUGUGGACACCUGCGAACUGACAUCGAAUCGUGGUCUUGCCGAUAAGGCCGAUAUGAUAUUGUAUAAGGAUCAUUUUAUACCAACCGGCCUUGGCAGACCAUCGAAUCCGCAGCAGGUUAGCAUGCUAUAUUAUUUGGAAUGUCCAUAUCAUACACAAAAUGUGAAAGUACCAGACGCCAUCAAUUGGACGGCCACUUAUAGGCGUGACAGCGAUAUUGUGGCGCCUUAUGAGAAGUGGGUCUAUUAUGAUAGGAAAAUUAAUCAAAUAGAGCAAGAUCACAAUUAUGCUCUAAACAAAACGAAAAAAGUUGCUUGGUUUGUCUCGAAUUGUGGCGCACGCAAUGGACGUCUACAGUUCGCGCACGAAUUGCAAAAGUAUAUAGAUGUUGACAUCUAUGGCGUUUGCGGCAAUUACAAAUGUUCUCGCAAUACCGCCGACAAGUGUUUCGAACUACUCGAUCAUGAUUAUAAAUUUUACCUCGCCUUCGAAAAUUCCAACUGCAAAGACUACAUCACCGAAAAAUUCUUCGUCAACGCACUACAACGUAAUAUUUUGCCAAUUGUAAUGGGUGCACGACCGGAGGAUUAUGAAGUGAGCUCACCACAUCGUUCCUACAUCCACGUGGAUGAGUUUGCCUCGCCCAAGGAGUUAGCCGAAUAUCUGCACAUACUCGACAAAGAUGACGAACUGUAUAAUUCGUAUUUCAAAUGGAAGGGCACGGGAGAAUUCAUCAAUACCUAUUAUUGGUGUCGUGUAUGUGCCGCCCUACACGAUGAGGAGUCUUUACGUAAGCCGCGCUGGUACACGGACGUAAACGAUUGGUGGCGUGGCGCUGGUGUUUGCACCAAUGGUUCGUGGCGUAAUUUUAAGGCGCGCAAAGAUGUCAUACGAGACGAUUAGUGGCGAAUGCAGUUGGGUUAUUGGCUGGCAAUUGCAAGCGUUGUUAUUGAAUAUGUUAAUAAGUAGUAGGAUAUGUAUGUAGUAGUUUAAGGCUUAUUUAUUAUAACACAAACUUCAUGAGGGAGGAAUCAGCAUAGCAGUGAAUAAAAAUGAAUAAUUAAAAUAAAAAAGCAUGCUGAUGAAUGCUGAAUUGAGUUGCAUGUGUGAGAGAGAGCGCAUGGUUGGGCGGAUGCAUGCUGACCUGGCUGCGUAUGACUGUGUACAGUGUGUGUGUUUAUAUGGCGAUCAGCUCGACUCAAUUCAGUGCGUGCGUCAGCGUGGUCGAUUUUAGGAUUAGUGUCCUGUUGUCAGGCAGGAAUAUUGUAGACAUACGUACAUACAUGAAAACGCACACAUCCGGCAAAACACACAUAUACAUAUACAAAAGCUAGUAUGUAGUUUAAUUGUAAUAGAUAUUGCGAGUAUAGAAAUUACCGAAAGUAAAUUUUUUUACUUUGAAAAAAUAAUUUAAAUUUUAAUUAAUUUUUACUUCAAAAUAAAUGUGCUAAACUGUGUAUUCAUUGAAGAAUGCUAUUGAAAUUUAAUCUUCUAUCAAAAUGACUAAACCUUCUGGAUUUUUUUAUUAAAUUAAUUUUUUUAUUAUUCAUAAAUUGUGCAAUAAUUAUAAUUUAUUUAGUUGACAGCCACAAAUAGAUAUUUUACUUUUACUUUAAACUAUAUGUAGCUUCUAUUGCUGUUUCCCAAUUAAAAAUAAAGGUAUAUUAUGUCGCAGUUGAGACGUUUAAGACCUAGGAAUUGGAUUUAAUAAACCUCUCUAUCUAAAUUUUGCAAUGGAUAUAAAGUGUUAAAAAAUAACAUUGGGUGGACAUUAAACAAUCCCUUUGAAGAACUAAAAGGAGUGUAAAAAAAUUUAAUUAUACAUAUACAUAUAUGUAUAUACUUUGUUUUUUCUUUCAUUUAUUAUAAAUUCCGGAAUUGCGGAAAUGUUCGUUUUAUUGGAUUCAAAUUGAAUAAAAAUAUUAUUAUUUGUACAUUUAAUAUAAAAAAAUAUUUAGUUUAUAAAAACAAUAUUUCUACCUUUAAGAACUCAAAUGGAAAUGGAUACAUACAUAUGUAUAUUAGAUAAA